AUGUCCACCAAGCGCAUCACAAAGGAAUUCGCCGAGAUAUCAACCUCCCCCCCCGCCGGCUUCUCCGUCUCCCUCCCCGAGUCCUCCCAGUCCAUCUACACCUGGCACGUCGUCCUCGCCCCGCCCGACGCCUCCUCGCCCUACCACCCGGGCCGCUUCGCCAUCCUCCUGACCUUGCCCACCGACUACCCCUUCAAGCCGCCCGCCGUGCGCUUCCUCACCCGCCUCUACCACCCCAACGUCACAAACGACUCCCUCGGCAACGUCUGCCUCGCCCUCCUCAAGCCCGACCAGUGGAAGCCCUCGACCAAGAUUGUCGCCGUCCUCGACGCCCUGCGCAGCCUGCUCGACCACCCCCAGCCCGACGACCCGCUCGAGGACCGUAUCGCCGACGAGUUCCGCAACGACAGGUCGACCUGGGAGAAGAAUGUCCGCCAGCACGUCCAGCGCUAUGCUACCGCCGAGCCCACCUUUCCCGCCUCCUAG